AUGCCAGACUCCAUCAAGAAUUCACCUCCGCCUAUACAGCACUUAGGGACAUCACCCGGCUCCCUUCGUGGCCGCUCCUAUGACCGCGCCGAGUCCACCGCCCGCCUCGCUUCCCCGGUGACUCUCGGGACGUCUCCUGCGGUACGCUCGCAGCCAUCAGCGGGCGAUGAUUCUAGCAGUGGCGGUCUGACUCCCCUCCCCGGGCCCGGCUCGCACGUUGCUGGCCCGGGUGUUUCCGCCCUCGCCGCCGCCCUCUCCAAUUCCCUGGGCGCGUCACCGCCACGAUUCGGCACGCCGCCUGUCCGCACAGCCUCCCCCGCCCUGGCUUCCGUCAAUGCCCCGGCCACCGGGACACCUACAAACUACGGCUCGUUCGAUGGGAGGAAACAAUGGGGCGGCGCAUACGAGGACCCAGAAAUCAUCAAAAGACAUUUGGUGCGGCCCGGCGAUGGGUCAUCAGAGGAUGUGACGAGAAGGGCCAGCGAUGGUUCCAAGGGAAAACAGCCUGCCGGCGCGACGCAGUCUACCCUGGACGAGGAAUUCUCGAGCCUGCAGUUACAAGGCGGCGACAUCACUCGGCCAAUCUAUAAAUGGACAGAGGAGGUGGACCAGCGGGGCAAGAUGCAGCGCAGCAAGAGCUUCAGUGUCGUGAGGCCGGACCCGGAGACCGAGGAGCUUGAUAUUAACAACAUCAAGGUCCCCGGAGGCUUCCGGCGCAACUUCAUUCGAAGGGCCGCCAGGGACGGGGAUGAUGCGGAAUAUGGUUCGGGCAGUAGCCAGAACCAGGCGCCUCAACUCUUUACGAACAACUUCCUUGAGUUCUUGAGCUUGUACGGCCAUUUCGCUGGUGAAGAGCUCGAGGAAGAUGACGAGGCGUUGGGUCCCGGUGAAUAUUUCACUUCUGGCAGUGAGGGUGACGUUUACGAGUCGGGCUCGGACGAGGAGCCCAUGGAAGAGAGCGCGCUGCUGACACCGUCACGGCGCAAGAGGAGGAGGAAGCACCGCGGAGGUAGCGGCCAGAACAGCCCCAUGAACGCGGCGCUACUCCUCCUCAAGUCCUUUGUCGGGACCGGUGUCCUGUUCCUCCCCCGUGCCUACCUCAACGGCGGCAUGCUCUUCAGCAACCUGGUUCUCCUCUUCGUAGCGGCGCUGAGUUACUACUGCUUCGUUUUGCUGGUUACAACGAGGCUGAAGGUCGACGGCUCCUUCGGUGACAUCGGCGGCAUCCUCUACGGCAAGUGGAUGAGGAACCUGAUUCUGGCUUCCAUCGUCAUCAGUCAGCUGGGUUUUGUCGCGGCCUACAUUGUUUUCACCUCGGAGAAUCUGCAAGCCUUCAUUCUUGCCGUGACCGACUGCAAGACCCUGAUACCCGUCACAUGGCUCAUCAUCAUGCAAAUGGUGGUGUUCUUGCCCUUCUCCCUCCUCCGCGACAUCGGGAAGCUCGGCUUCACCGCGCUAAUCGCCGACGCCUUCAUCGUCAUCGGCCUAGCCUAUCUCUUCUACUACGACAUCCUCACGCUCAACACGGAAGGGCUCGCCGACAUCAUCAUGUUCAACCAGAAGGACUGGACCCUUUUCAUCGGCACGGCCAUCUUUACGUUCGAGGGCAUCGGCUUGAUCAUCCCGAUCCAGGAGUCGAUGCGCCACCCCCAGAAGUUCCCCAAGGUCAUGUUCAUCGUCAUGGUCAUCAUCACCACGCUCUUCGUGGUCAUGGGCGCCGUCUCGUACGCCGCCUACGGCUCCAAGACGGAAACGGUGGUGCUGCUCAACCUGCCGCAGGACGACAAGCUCGUCAACGGCGUCCAGUUCCUCUACUCGCUCGCCAUCCUGCUGUCUACGCCGCUGCAGAUCUUCCCGGCCAUCCGGAUCACGGAGAACGCGCUGUUCACUAAGAGCGGCAAGUACAACCCGUACAUCAAGUGGCAGAAGAACGUGUUCCGCUUCUUCGUGGUGGCCCUGUGCGCGUUCGUCGCGUGGUGCGGCGCGGAUAACUUGGACAAGUUCGUUGCUCUGGUCGGCAACUUUGCCUGCAUCCCGCUGGUGUAUAUCUACCCGCCGAUGUUGCACUACAAGGCGGUAGCCAAGUCGGCCCUCCGGCGGUGGUCCGACAUCCUCCUCUGCAUCUUUGGCUUCGUCGCCAUGGCGUACACGACCAGCCUGACGGUCAUGAGCUGGGCCAACAGCCCCGGUGGUGGGCUGCCGAGCCACUGCGAGGGAAAGGGACUAUAA